UGGAGAGAUACAAUUUUGUUAGAUGAAGGAAUUAUCAAUUGUUUAUAGCUCUGUAGUACAUGUAGGAGAAGCCCCAGUCGAUGGAGAUAAAUCCGCCUGGAAGCCUUCAGUACUGUUCGCUCUGCUUUAUUGCGUCCCACUAUCAACCAAAAUUUAAUAGCAAUGAUUCUGUAGAGUUUCCAGGUUUACGUUAUAUUUCCUGAAAGGGUUGAUUGUCGUUCAGAAUGGAAGCUGAGCGUCCGAGAAAGAAAACCAAGAAGAAACACAGGCAAAGAGAAUCAGAAGGCGCGAGCUCCCGGAGUGCGCGAAGGCCACCUGGUUCUGCAGCCGCUGCCAGCACUUCGGCGUCGGCUGCAGCGGAAGGAUUUGCGACCGCGUCUGCUGCAACUGCCGAUGUGAGGGAGGCUAGUACUGAUGUGAGGGAGACUACUGCCGAUGUGAGAGAGGCUGCUGCCGAUGUGGGGGAGGCAACUGCCGAUGUGGAGGAGGCUACGGCUGAUGUACCAGUGGAGGAUAGCGCUCCCUCUCUCGCUGCAUGUGCUGCUGUGGAUGAUAAUGUCGUCACCGCCAGUGAGCCUGAAGUAGCCGCUGAUACCUCCUGUGAGCAGGUCCAAGGUGUUACCAAGGCUGAAACUGCUGCUGAAUCUACUGCUGAAUCUGUUCUGGCUACUUUGCCAGCAGAGACCAUGGCGCUUGAGCAAGUCACGGAAGCGGAUACUCAACAGGAAGAAGUACGCACCGGUGAAGCAUCUGCAGAUGUGGGAAGUGCGAUAGCGGAAAACGUACUUUCAUUGGCCGAUGCACCUGCCACCGCAGACGUGCAAGCGGAGCCCAGCUCAUCCGCUCCACUUUUAGUCGAGACUACAAGUACUCCAGAAUCAGCACAUGACAAUGGAGCUGGUCUGGCAAUGGCGUCAUCCGAGGAAGCACAGGCUGCUGCUCCUGAGCCAGCUGCUGCUGAAGAUGUGUCGCAGGCAGCAUGUACACUGGAUGAUGCCCUAUCCGGUCUCACUGUAGAUACACAGACCAUGUCUCAGCGUGAAGCAGCUAUCCGCCCCGCAGUCGUGUCGCUUGGCGAAGCAAGCAACAAUGUCGAGGUGUUGACUGCUAUGCCCGAAAGAACGCAAGAAGCUCCUGCUGCUGCCGCUGCCAGUGCUGCAGAAGCGGCGCUGUUCUCGCCUCAGUUAUCGUAUGAGAUGCAAGCUGCAGCAGCUGCAGCGGCUUCGGCCAGCUGUGCACCCACCGUAAUUAUGGACAUGCAUAGUCCGGUUCACUCACAGCCAGCUACGAGUGACGUUACGUUAAUGCGUCCAUUGGCCGAAGACGAACUUGGACAACUCUACCAGAAUCCGUUACUCGCUCAUAAUGAGAACUUCAUACGCACGUUCCUAGGCUCUUGUCACCAGGAACGGCAUCCCCUCGCCGAGUUGGUCGGUAAUUACCUGCGCCAUCGCCUAGCCCUGGCUAACAUCGACAAUGAAACCCAGUGUCUGAAGCGUGAUUACUAUCGGCAACGUUCGGAAGUGUGGGUGAUGGAGGAUUCGUCCGCCACGCAAGGAUCUCGGUGUAGGGAUGGGCGCAACGUCGAGUACACGCACCACUUCAAGUCGUCGCACUUCAACCACGACGUCGCCUUUGAGCUCAACCGCACGAUGAAGACGCUGCGCGAAGCGUCGCACGAGAAACGAUCGAUGGAAGCGUAUGAAGCGCAGCUGUCCUGGCUGCAUGUCGAGCAGUACCUCUACCGCCUGGUGGAUUCCUCUCCGAUGUUCCGCAGUGUCCGCCAAGAUGGCCCCAUCACAGCCUGGGCGGUCAUGUCGCAAUCUGAAGACAUUGUUGAGCUUCGCAACUGCGUCAGCGUCCUGUUUGGCUUUGAGCGUCGGCCCAUCAGUGACGAGAUCUUUGUGAAGCACCUCCGGGAGUGGACCGAGCGAAUGGUGGCUCUCUUACUACGCGUCGCCACUCUGUCGGAUCAUCUGUUCAUCUUGAAUCAUGUGAUGCGGUGUCCAGCCGGCAUAGCGCGCUGGGCAACGUCCUACCUACAGGUCAUACCGCCGCAUUUCGUUCAUCAGCAGGCGUCCAUACCUCACCCAACUGGUGUGACUGUAUCCUACUCUCAGUAUUCUCAGCCACUUAUGGAUCUUUUUGUGACCGUGGUUGCCACCCUGCUCAAGCCAAUUGAGCAGCGCAACGAUUUCCUCUCGGCGUUCUGCGUGCCCGACACACCAGGAUCUCCUACUGCAAUGAGUCACCUGCAGAGCUGGACACUGAUUGAUGAGGAUGGAGAAGAUGUCGAGGAUGAGAGCCCAACGCAGCACCGGUUAUUGCUGAGCGAGGCGGACUACACCUCGCUGUUUGAGCAGCUGCCGUUCAUGGACAUGUUCAAGUACAUCUUGAAGAUCAAUCCAGCUGCUGGUGAAUCGAUCGACUAUCAGAUCUGCGACACGUGCAGUCAUGACAUGCUGACACUGUUGGCGUUCACCACGCGACUGCUGCGCUUGCUGGCCGGCGCAUUCGACACGCUGACACAGGCCAGAUACCGACAGUUCAACAAGCGUGUCGGCCGCACCAUGAGGCUUAUGGUGCAGUUUGUUGCGGACCACUGGAUGGCGUACGUGGACUAUCGCCGUGACGUCUGCAAGCAGGGCUGGACGGAUAUGCCCAGCCAGGAGCGUGCGUACUGCAUGCCCCGGCACACGCUGCAGCAGCUGCAGCUCGAGUUCGACGAGUUCUUCUGCCGCGCGCUGCUCUGCAUCCUGGCAACGCAGAAGAUGAACAGGUGGCAGGUGAUCUCCGGAAUGCCGUACGCAUGCCUAUCGCCAGGUAUGCUCUGGCAUAUCUUCUGGUUACUACACAGCUCCCCACUGCUGUGGCCCCAUCAAGCCACCACGGGACACGAUGCUGCUGCGGGGGAUUUCAGCCAGGCGGCGCACAAUGUUGGGAUCAAUGGUGACAACUGGCGUAGCUUUCUGUUUGAACCUGGCCAUCGCCAGCAGUUUGUCGAUGGGCUAGCGGUGGUGAAUCCUGGAGAAGCCAUCUUCCUCCUCACCACGUUUGCCAACAUGGCACGCGGCUGCCAGAGCGAUGUGCGCUUUGUCGAAGCUGUCGUCCUGGAUAUCUUCGAGCUUGGCUAUCUCACUCCGCAGCUUGUCGACUUCCUGAGCCGUGCGGGACGUGACCUGUUCAACUCGAUCAGCGCCGUCCACCCGUUCGUCAUCUCCAUCCUGCUGCAGCGUGUUCAGCAGAGUAUCGAGGCUGUAUCCUCGCACGCCAUGGUCCUGUUCAACACGCUGCCCAUGGAGAAGUGGGUGCCGAUCGAGGCCGACAUUCAGCUGCUGCAGGACUGGCUGCUGGGCCACCACCCGGAUACUGUUCAGUGCCAGCUGGCACGGCGCACGCUGGCACAGAUCAACUGGUGUAUCGUCACGACGGGUGACAAUGAGCGGCUUGCAGUGCCCCUUGCACUUCAUCAUCGCGUGUCAGUGCUGAUAGUCGAGGCCCUGUCUCAGUGGUCAAGUGUGGCCGACGGCAAAACAGUGAUGGCGCCGAGUCAGUUCAACUUCCAGCAGUCGCUGUCCCACGUGCAGCAGUCGCACUUGACCAACUGGGCGUGGUGCGUCAUCCUGGGCCUGCGACUGCAUGCUGACGAGAGACCCAGAGACACGGCACCCCAGACACCGUCCGCCGAUGGGGCAGCGGCGGCGGCAGUCACGUUGGAAGCCAGUGACAUGUGCCGCUGGAUACGCACGGAGGACGUUCCGGCGCUGAAGACGAGCCCCGAGUUUGUCGUCGUGCAGCGGCUGUUGUCCGUGUCCCGGCUGGCUGUGUAUGUCGCACUGUCCGCCUGUGAUAUUGGUCACAAUCCUGAUUUGUUCCUGGAGAGUGGCAUGGCUAUGUUGGCGGAGUUGAGUCACUCUCCGGACGGCGCACGGCCUUGCAUCCGCGUUCUCUCCAACUGCCUGCCGAUGUUCUUCCUGGAGCCCGAGAGGCUCAUUGCGCAUCCUCUGCUUGAGCCAUUGCUGAUGUCACUGUUGCAAGAUCGUGUUCCGCUGGCCGAGCAAUACAUGUAUCUCUUCUGGUCAUCACCGUCCGUUAGCGACACCAUCAAGCAGAUGAAAGCCAUGGUGCAGAUGCAUAUUCGUAAAGCAUCGGAGGCUGGUAUGGAGCAAGCAGCUCGUGUUACGUCAUUCUGGGUGCAAGUUCUUACUUCCCUGCCCAGCUGGCAAGACAAUCGCAGUAUACUGGUAAUCCUGGACGGUGUCAUGUCCGUCACGAUCGCCUUUGAGAAGAGCAGAGAUGCUGUGCGUGCUCUCCUCUGCGACCUAAUCCGAUCAUCGCUUGGAUCGCCCAAGAAGCAAGGCUUCCUCUCGUCCCUGUUCAGUGGCAACACGCCGGAGCCUCCGUCUCUGAUAGCCCAGCAUUUGUGGGCCAGCGUUCCCUGGUUGUCCUACGCGCUGGUAGACGCCGAGGAACACUACGAGAUCCAGUGCGGACUGCACGAUCGCAUGCUGAAGGCACUGCGUGCCGACCCCAACACUAGCGUGGAUGCUGCACUGGCCGAAGCAUUCCCAUCCAGCACGUACCCGUCCCACUUCUCCUUCCCGCACUGGAGAUUGGCCAUCUACCGCUGGGCACGACUAGCGCAGGAUGUGCCGUCCAAUCACGCACUGCAUCUCGUCAUUUGUCAACGCUUCUUCGCGCUGUUCUUGGAAAGGCGAGCUUUGUGCGAGGACGAACACCCUGGCACUCCUCGGCACGGCCAGGGUCAGCGUUUCUUCGACAGCAUCAGCAACACCGCGAUGCUGCGCGGAAUGAAGCAGAAGCUACGCGAGUGCUACAGAGACUGCAGCGACCUGGCAGGCAGUGCGAGUAGACAUGAACGCAAUCAGCAGCAACAGCAGCAGCAGCUGGAGGGCGGAAAUGAGAACGGCGACGGGGAUGACGCUGACACCGAUGUUAACAUGCACGGCAGGAGUAGACUGGCUACGGCGGCGUUUUAUGACCAGGCCAGACGGCUGUAUCAGACCAUGGACCUGUGGCUGGAUGAGCCACGCCUGCACACCGCCAGUCUGCACCUUCCCUCCCUACCCGCACAGUACGAACCGCCCAAGAUCCAACGCCUGAUCGACUGCGACCGGGGGAUAUGGCUAGACUAUUUGGACCAAACCCAGCUAGACCAGGAGUCUGAGGACCUAAAACAUCGCUAUCACAGUCUAAAGUGUACGUACGGCGUGGUGGGCUCCACGCCACCGGUGACCCAGCGAUCCACCAGGAUGGCUGCCACGUCCGCCGACAUCACCAUCUCCGAUUCCACACCCUGCGAGCGGAUCAUGACGCGAUUGGGUCGUUUCAGCGAGACAAUUCAAGCACCGCCAGCAAUGCGUAGCUGGACGGACCCCGUGCCUCCUGUUCGUCCCUCCACUCUCCAAGACAGUACGCUACUACUGGAAGAUGUGAAGGAGAAUUUCAACACCAUCACCGAAGCUGCAAGGAAUUACUUGGAGCGUGUUUCUCGCCACACAGCUCUGGACAUGGACUACAUGGAAGCAGUACAGCAGCUCUAUACGAAUUCCAUAAGACAGAUCGUAGCACCAACGCCGUGUACAAGUCGCAUCAAUCCCACGCAUAGAUGCGGCGGGGCAGCGGAGAUCACAGUAACGUUCCGUGAGGCGACGGUGAGCGAGGCAGUGCGCCAGCGCAUCGACGAGAACCGCAACGAGGCCGAUGGCCUCCUGCAGCUGGGCAUCGGCAUGCUGCCGGAGAAGCUGUUUGUUUCGGUGGUGCGCGUCGAGGCGGCUAUCACUGAGCUCAUUCGUCUGAAGAGGCAAGGUGACGACGUGUCAUCGGCGAUACCACUGUUCUUCAACAUGGUCAAACACGUCAACGACACCAUCAAGAUGUACCCGCCGUCCAGGCAGUUCUUUGUCUCCUGCAUCGAUGUCCUUGGACAGGCAAUGAUAGCACCGGAUCCCUCUCAGACCGGCACGUUACUGGAUGUGAUGAUGAACACCCCCAGUCUGAUACCCAUCCUCAGUUCACUCUUCUACCCGAAUCGCAGCCCGGUCAGCUUUGGCCCGCUGUACACGGCCAUUGCUAACUCUCUGGCCGCUCAGUGCUCUUCGGAUGUCUUCUCACUUCUAUCCAAGUUUGACGUGCACGCCUGGCUGGCUGAACGGCGCCCUAUGAUGUCGGACCGGUCACGGCUGAUCACCUCGGUCGGUGUGGCGUUGCAGGCCUGUGGACUGGAAGCUGUUGAUGAGCUAGCCGUCCUUGGUGAUCUGCUACGUCGUCACCUGCAGCACCUGUUUCUGUAUCGCUUUCCGGAGCACUACAGUGAUGUCUUACAUGUACUGCUGAACGGUAGUGCAAGUGGUAAGAUGAGUCUGAAUGCCUGGUACAUGGUACUGGGCUGUGUGGGCUGCUCCACGGAGAGUACACCAAUGGCAGCUCUGGUCACACCACCGCCCAUCAGCAAACAACUCACGCACAGCAUGGUAAAAGAGACCAUGUCUUGGUUUGGCGAGUACUUUAGCAAACAGAAGCAUCAGCCAGUUCGGUCAAGUGAUGCCGACCCUAGCAGUCUGACUGGUCCACUGUACACAAACUGGAAACACUAUGCGCCCACACUCUCCACGUUCAUGGUCUUCCUAUCCAAGACGGACGUGGACUUCACGUGCAACGCCAAGGAGCGCAAACUGAGCGGGCUGCAGGCCGAAGAUGCGUUGAAGGCUUGCUUUGACUCGACAGUGUCCAUGUUCAGUGCAUGGAUUCACUGCUUCAAGGCCGACCCAUCCAGUCCAACGGGGCAGAGGGUCUGUUGUCCGUGGAAUCCAGAGCAGGCAUCACUGGCUGCUGCCGUGUUUGCGGCCUUCUCCGAGUGUGUGCUGCACAUGCAGCGCAGCUUCUACAUGUGUGCCCGUCAUGGCCGUGACGCAUUGUGUCUACUCUGGGAGCAUUACUGCACCAGUCUUGCACACUGUCCCAACACGGACAGACAAGCAGCGGCGGGGACACCAUCAAGGAACAGUCCUGCUAGUCUGUCGCUGUGCUCACCCCCACCGCCCGCACUGCAGCUGUACCACGCACGCCUGCUGGAGAUGUCCUGGUCCGAGUGGGUGCCGGCACUGACGCACAUCGAUGGCAUGCAGGCACUUCAUAACGACCAUCCGCGGGAGUGCUUCUUGUUCCUGGGCCGCUUUCUUCCCUGUCUUGACUGGCCGGCUAUCACGGAGAGUUACAGGGAAUCAAAUUCACCUGAUGUCUCUCCAUCGAAUAAUACAUCUUCACAGCUGCUUGCAAAGUUCUUGCGCCUCCUAGCCACGCUUUGUACCGAUCCGACCGUCACGCAGGAUCGCGACUCUGGCUUCCUGCCACUGCUCGAGAGAGCUGUGGACCUCGACUGGAGCACGCUGGGCAUGAGUGGCUUUCAGCAUGCGCUGCAAUGGGUGGAAGAUGUUGGAAACCCUGCGUCUGUUCUCAACCCUGAGUCCAGCCUCACGUACAUCCUCAGGGUACUAUACGGUGCGGCUGAGUUCAAGGUUCCUAACGGUGCAGGACGAACGGGUGGAACGCAUGAGGAUGCACCGCUCAAGCGCCUGGCCUACAUUGAGUACAAGUGCAAGCAAGUGGAGCGCUGCUCUGAGCAGCCGCAGAUUGGCAUUCAGCUGUACAAGCCGGCCGUCACUCAUCUACUCGGCAAUGUGGAAACAGCUGCUGCCUUGGCGUUAGAUGCAAAGGGCGCGCAAUUGUUCGUAACUCCGCUCUUUCAGCUGCUCAACUCCUGCGCGUCGCGCCGUGACGUCGUGGACAUACUGCUGAAUACGUUGCUGACUCUGAUGACGUCCUAUGGUGGCACUCCGUUCAGUGCCACGUUCCCCACGCCGCGUCCCAUCCUGUCCAUCCUCUACCUAGUGUGUGCGUGCCAGACCCUGCAGUCGCCCAGGCACAUGGUACUGGUGGUGGAGGCGUGCAUCACAACACACUUCUCUCACCUGCAGCUCAUGUCGUCUGAAGAUGAUCAAACGGCAGCUGGCUGGGUAAAGGUACUGGAGUCGCUCAGCAUUGCCAACAACAUCGAGAAGAAGUUUAUAGAUACGUGUGUUGGUGAAGGCGCGGUGCUGUGUCUCUACGCUAACAUGCUGCAGCGUCUGCCACUCUGCACUAGUCUACUGCAAGAGCUGACGUUUGCCAACAACAUCCUCUCUUGGUGCUCUCUCAUUCAGAUCAAGGCUGGCGAAGAGGCUAAGAUUGUGCUGCUGUGGAGCAAGAUGAUGGAGUUGCUGUGCCGUCAGCUGGGCUACGGAACGCCAGCGGGCAGCGUAACGCCCAUCAUCAGAAGCCUGCUGCCCGUCAUCUUCCGCGCCAGCGAGGACAAGGCGUCGGACGGUCUGCUUGGUGCCAUCGGUCUUGGAAAGAGAUCACUUCUCAGUGUGGAGUUUCGGCUAUUUGGCCGAGCGCUCGCCGCGUUUGUUGCAUCCCAGGUCGUCUCGGAAAGCACGCUGCGCGUUCAGCCGAAUGCCAGCGGUCACCCGCGUAUAGCCAUUGUUCAGCCGGGCACCUCGCAGGCAACGUUGCCCAAGACGGCGGUUGCUCAGCUUGCGCAGCGCUACAUUGCCAGCCUGGAGUCGCUCAAGACCAAACAGGACUAUAACCUGCUGGGCAUGCCGCUAAACAUCUCCAUCGCCUACGCACUGGACCCGCAGCGGUCUUUCAUGGACGUCAGCAAUCUCAUAUCUGUGCUCUCGUCCACACUCUUCCCCAACGACAUGUACCUGAAGAUACUCUGCCUCCAAGCACCGCAGCAGCAGUGAGCGGAUAAUAAAAGUCCACGAUGUGGUCGGUCACGGAGCAGUUUCCCAUCCAGUGUAAGUUAGCUCUUCGCUCACCCCGGUACCAGUUCGUUUACUCCCCCCCCCCCCCCCCCUCUCCACACACCCCUCUCCACACACCCCUCUCCCCCCCCCCCCCCCCCCACACACACCCCUGUCCACACACUCACUGUAUGUUGGGUGCUAGUACUACCCACCCAUGAUCAUACUUCUACCUGUAUCCACCCUCCACCCAACAAGCUCAUAAUAUCUAUUGUCAUUAAAUGUUGUGUUCGCACUGUUCUCCCAGCUGUACAAAGAGUGCUGCAUUCUCUGCCCCUAUCUGUAUCCAGAGCGAGCCAUGCCUAUCUGUAUCUAGAGCCGUGUGUGUGUAUGUAUGUAUCUAGAGCCAUGACUGCACAAAACACACGCAACUAGGGGUGCCUGUGUUUGUUUAGCCUUAGGUCUUCUUGUUCUACUAUUAAAGUUUUUUUUUAACACGCCGUGCACUAUAUCAUGUGUGGGCACUAUGGGGGGAUUUCCCCUAAGUUCUGCAACUAAAAUGCAGGUCCGCUACACAUGCAAAGCUCCGCAUGUUAUUCAUGUAACAUUUGGCAGAUUCUGUGUCACAUGCCCACAGCCGAUACAACUAUUAUAAUUAUUUCCCAGCGGCUGAUACACUGUCAGUACGUGCAUAGCAUACUGCCGGUCUAAGACGCCUUCAGGGACUGCAGCUUGCCCGGUUCACUGUGUAUACCCUUCUAUAAUUUAUCCCUCAUGAAAGACUUCCGAGAUUCAUCUUCAUUCAACACACACAUUGGUUUUUAAAUUGUUUUAAUUAAAAUACUUAUGCCUAUUUUCAGCGGACUUUGAACAAUUUGAAACCUGUUUUCGGUCGUUUUCUUACGGCUCAUUCCCUCCCGAAUCGUAGGACACGUUCCUUCCCGACCUGUGCUCUUUCUUCUUCCUUGUGAGUCUGCUUGAUUUCUGUUUGUGUUCUGCCUCGCUUACCACGAUCACGAAUCGUUGCUAUGGCAGCACCUUGUCUUGUUGUUUAUCUUCCUUUAUUUCUCUCUCUCUCAUUGCUGUGGUUACCGACAAGCCCAAUCUUAAUUUUUUUAUUCAGUGUGUUACAGUACUUAGAAAGAAGUGUACAAAAACGUUAGCAUUUUGA